GUUCCUUCUUUUUUUGUUCUUGUUGUUUUACCUCUUUUCAGAUUUUUUUUUUCUUUUCACAACUUUUGCAAACUUUUAUCUGUAGAGUUGAGUUUGUGACCAAAACAGUUCAACUUGCCACUUCCGAAAGCUUCUUACAGACUCUGAAGUUAAUGAGAGUGGCCCCCGGUAUUGUGUGGCUAAAAAAAAUUCUCGCUUGCCAUCCCUGCACUGAGAGGUCCUCGGUUCAGAUCUCGUCUCUCUGUAUGUGACAGCUGUUCACAGGGUUGGACAUUGAGGUUUUUCCUUUCCCUACAACCAACCAGUUGAUGAGACAUUUCGAGUAUGAUGCUGAUUGGCGAGUUUUGAACCAAAAGGCGUGUCUUAGACACCAACCAAGAGACUCUUUCAACACAUCGCGGAACAGCCCGUCGGCCCUCUGUCGCAACAGUCGCAGGCGGCAACAUCGAGCAACUCCAAGUUGCUGACAACAAGACAACUGCACGCGCCACGUUUGUGAAGUGCUGGCCUUUUGUUGACAGUGUUAGCACUGAAGCCGCAUUCAGAGAGAAGUUAACAACCAGGAUGCGCUGCCAUUUCUCGCUGAAGGUGCUGCUGGAGUUCAUUUUACUCCUUGAGUUCCACCUCACGUGGAGUCUACGGUUCUCUCGCUGUCCCGUGGGUCACGUGUAUAACCCUCCUGAACUUACUUUCUUUGCUGGGUAUUCGGGUGUCCACUGCGCUGUCCUGUGUUCCCAGACUGCCCAGUGCCGGGCGGUCAGCGUGUGUCCAGGCGACAGCCGGACUCGUGGUGGUGGUGGUAGUCGUGGUGUGAGGUGUGCCCUUCACAUGGGUCAGCAGGUGCAGAGCUGUGAUGCCCUCGAUGCAGCCCCGUCGCCCUCCUGCUUCUACAUGAAGAAGAUGUCGGAUGAGAGUGAACAAAACUUUGAUGCGGAAAUCAGCACCCACACUGUCGCAGUGUCCACAGAAACGCCAUUUUGUUUAAAUGGCGGAACCCUGGUUGACGGGAAGUGUCACUGUCAGAUUCAAUAUUCCGGAUUUAGAUGUCAGCGUUUAAUCAGAGACUGCACUGAGGCUUUCAGCAACGGGUAUACAAAUGACAGUCUCAGUGACGUCUACUGGAUCCAGCCUUUGCUAGCUCCGGCACCUUUUCUGAUUCACUGCGGCCUAAACAACGGUGGAGUAUCUCACCCCUUGAAAAUGACAAGCUGGGUUAAUCCCAAUUUGACUUGGCAAGAACUGAAAUCUGGGAAUAAUCUGACUAAUUAUCCACAUAAUUAUUUCAUUGGUCUCGAAAACCUUUACUACCUUGUCAGCCAGGCCGACUACACAAACCACAUGUAUUUCAUGUUCAACAACUACCAAGGUUGGGCAAGCAGUUUCUACCAUCGCUUCACUAUCGGUCCUGAGAGUAAAAACUACUCACUGUCUUAUACUACCCACGACACUCUUCCUGACCAUCCAUCGGACAACAAUUUGAUGUCCUCUCCUGUCUUCUGCACUGUGGACCAUUGUCCCACAACAUGCGCCCAGCAGAUGAACUCGUCCGGCUGGUACAACAGUUCUUGUUCUGGCCUCACGCUUUCCACAAACCAAACUCUGGCCUUUCAACGGCAACAUCAGAAACUACGAUUUAGUGGAGUUUAAUCUUGUACGGGAGUCGAACUUUACGGACUAGCCAUCACGGCUAUGAGUUAAAGUUGUGACUUCCUUUGGUACAUUUCUAACAUAAAUCCAAAGAUUAAGACAGCAAACUUUUUUAUCAAGAAAGACAUCUAUGGACAAAAAAUACAUACUCUGAACAUGUAUAUGAACUAAGAACUUAUACAAUGGUCCACAUACUACAAAUUGGCAUGCUGGUAUCUUUUAAUGUCAUUGUUGUCCCUUGAUGCAUUUUUGAAAUACAUUUUUUAGUAAAAAAAAAAUUGGUAUGCACUAAAAACGGUGCGAUGUGCUCAGAAAAAGAAAACUAGUCAAAUUAGUUUAUUUUCUUAUUGUACUUUAGGUGCCCUUUUAUUACACUUAGUCUACAUCAUUUUCAUAAUUUAACUUCUUUUAUCAACUGUUCAAGAUAUAGUCAAAAGACUUUACAAAAUUAUGAAAAUGCCUUUGAAAUUGAUGUGUAUCACCUUGAGAAGUAUUUUACAGUCUAUUUGCGGCCCAACUUUUACUUUAAGCAUGACAGGAAAACUACAUUCCAUAUGUAUAUAGUGUCUAUUGGCAAAAACAAACAAAAACAAAACAGGAGCUUGGUAAUGUUUACUGCAGCUUCACUAUUUAUAGAAUGUUUGGACAUGCGUUUUGUUUCUCUUUUUUUUCUUCAAGGAAGAGUUAGUAGCAAUGAAUAGUUUUACUUAUUCACUCAUAUUGUAUGGUUCAAUGCAUGUUGUAACAAAUGGACACUAUAAUCUGUAACUUUACAAUUCAUGUUCCUCUGUGUAAGUUUAUACUGUAAAUGUCAAUCCAUAUUAAAAUGUUAUCGUUAGGAAGAAAUUCAAAGUUUUCUCACAACCUAGUCAUUUUUUUCAUCAUGAUCAUUCAGAGGUAAUAUCUAAUUUGACAUUAAUCACUUCUUUAAAAAAUUAAUACGGUGAUGGUCAUUCCAGCUGUUAGAUGUGUCUGCCCUUCUGCUCUGUCAGUCAUUCAAAGUAAUGCCAUAAUAGUUGUGAGUCUUUGUGACAAACUCUGAUGUCUGCACACUUCAAACACUGGAUGCAGUUCAGUAAAAACUGUCCUCCAGGUCUCUUUGUGUGACACAAAAAGUCUUCGCGGAAUUCCAGCUGCUGCUGUUGGAGCAAAAUGAACACUGUCUCCUUCGAUCUCAUCCCCCAACAGACUUUCUGACGAGAGAGAAUUGUCUUUGAAGAUUUUGUCAAUAAAGAUGUUGAUGUCAAGAGAGAGUUGUCGGCCUCUGUAGUUCCAUCCAUCGAUUGUCUGCGCUUUGCUUCUGAAGAGAGAGCAAACAUUGCUGGCUUAUCUUCCAUCCCUUAAUGAAAGAGUUAAUAGGACAGACAAUCGGACGGUCAAACAAAGCGUGAAAGCAGGCAAACGAGCUGAAAAAGGUCUUAUUUAUGUUUGGAUGGUUGAACGGUGGAUAGAUGCAUGUUGGUGCUGUUUGUG